UUCCCCUCCGUACAGUAGGUCUCCGUUGUUUUGAUGAGAAUAGAUGUGUCGCUGAGAUAUUUGACGGUUUUUAAGACAGCUUGAGCCGCUCUGGUGUAUCUUUCAGGCCUGGUAGCUCGUUAGUUGCUACUUUUGUGAUCGAGUCGCUCGGAAAAAGGCGACUUGAUUAAGCCAACACGGAUAUUUUUUAGUUAAAAUCAGGUCUAAAGGGAUGCCGCUGCAGACAGACUCCGACGGACGCCAGCAGUCUUUGGAUUUAAUCUCGUCGCAUUUAAUCGGGAAGAGCAGCUUUUCUAUAAAUUUAAAAGGCCUCAGGAUAACUCAUUCUCGACCGAGUGCUUUUGUAAGAUGCUUAAGCUCGAGUAAGAAUUAAAAAACAGUCAUUUAAAACAGAGCUGUGAGUUGAUAUAACAGUCAAAGCGAGCUAACUAACUAGCUGCCGUUAGCUGGUCAACAACAAAAGCGGGGGGUCGUUCAUCUUCUCUGCCCCGACCAGAAGCCGCUCGGCUCGGUGAGACGAAGUGUCUACAGCCGCCCCCUUUUUGAGGCCUGCGCUGAUUUCAAACAUCGCUCGAUCGCAAUGAAGCUGUUGGAAAACUCCAGCUUUGAAGCCCUCAGCUCUCGGCUGUGUGUUGAAACAGGAGAGUCUCGUAUCCUUGGCAGGAUCGAGAGCUACUCCUGUAAGAUGGCAGGGGACGACAAACAUAUGUUCAAGCAGUUCUGCCAGGAGGGGGAGCCGCACGUCCUGGAGGCCCUCUCCCCUCCCCAGUCCACCAGCGCCACCAGCCCUUCACAGCUGGGGAAGAGCAGUGAGGACGGGGAAAACCCCCUGAGCGACAAGUGUUGCAGGAAGACUCUUUUCUACCUCAUCACGACGCUCAACGAGUCGUUCAGGCCCGACUACGACUUCAGUGCAGCGAGGGCCCACGAGUUCAGCCGAGAGCCCAGCAUGAACUGGGUGGCUAACGCAGUAAACGGCAGCUUGUUCUCAGCCGUGGGAGAGGAGUUCAACUGUCUGGGCCCGGAGCUGUGGAACGCCAUCGACCAGGAGAUCAACCUGCAGGGCUGUGACAUUUACAGCUACAACCCCGAUCUGGACUCAGACCCUUUCGGUGAAGAGGGGAGCCUCUGGUCCUUCAACUACUUCUUCUACAACAAGAAACUGAAGAGGAUCGUGUUCUUCACAUGUCGCUCCGUCAGCGUCUUGAGCGGCUACGGCCGUGAUUGUCUCGACAACGAGCUGGACAUGGAGCUGGAUGACGAGGAGGAGAUGGACGGCUUCACUGAGGACAGGUUCCCUAGAGCUCUGUGCGUGUGAUUCUCCCAGACGGACACGCUUCGGCCAAAGAAUAUCUCGGCUUUUCCUCCCUCCCAUCUUUCACCCCAUCCUUUUUUUUGUUGUUGUUGUUUCUUUGCUGCCUCAUCCAAAGCAACUUCCACACGUCACACUAGUGCAUGUUUGAAGGCUUCCUCUUCUGCUGGCAGUGAACCGAGUGCCGUGAGUCGGUGGACAUUCUGUUGAGACCCCGCGGUAACUUUUGAGCUCCUUCAUUCUCCAGUUUUGUUUUGUUUUUUUGUGACCAUGAGCUCCAAACAAGCACACACGCACACACACACGUAUAUACGGGCUUCUCUACCCACGCAACAUUUCCAAAGAGACCACUUGACGGACGCUUGAGAUGGAGAUGAAGAUGAAGAAGGUCUUGGCGUGGCAAACAAAGACUGCAAGCGAGUUUCUUGCAAACGAUGUCAAAAAAACAAGAAGUCCAGUUAACACCAGCAUCAAUGAGAACUGACACAGAUUUAAGAUUUGAUACUCCAUCAGCUCGAAGCCGAGUCCAUGACGACUCGUCUGGUUAAAGACUGACUCGCCGAUCAGCUGAGAACUCAUCUGUUGUUCAUUGUUUGCUGUCCUUGUGUUGCUUUCUACGUGACAGUGACGUUACUGUGAGGAUGUUUUUUUUUUUUCCCGCACUGAGUUUUGAAAUCGCUGCAUUUAUAUCUGAACCUUAUUACUGCGAGCGCUCGUCUGUACUUUUAGACAGUAGGGGCAUUGCCGAGGGAACUACCGGCACUCUGAUUGCAGCUUAGAAAACAUAUCAGCUUUUAACAAAAUGUCCCUUUUGUUAUGUUCCCGUUCUCCACGAUUCAUUUUAUAAGUUGUUUUUAAAUCCAGUAUUUUUCCACUGGUCACCGCCCUCUAACCUGUUUCUAAAUGUCGGUCUUGCCAGUGUUUUUAUUUGCUCAUUACCUCAGUGCAAAGGCUUCAUUGAAAAGUGAAUGUAUAGUACAAUUUAGAGAAGAGAAAAAACUGAAUUUAAAAAAAAAAAGUGGCGUUUUUUUCAUUAUUUUAUAGAAACUGAGAAGCUCCUUUUACGUUCCUUUACAAGUUGGUAGGAGUUCUGUGACUUUUCUUGACUGCUCUGUGCUUUGUUUAAUCGGCCGAUAUAUUACAGAUGUGAAUAAACCGGUGUUUGAAUCACA